GUUAAGAAGGUUCAGUUUAUUAGAGAAGAAGUUGUAAAUCUAGAACCUAAGAAACUUAAUCUUAAUAAAAAGGUAUCACUAAUACUGUCUACAAUAACAAUAACUCCGGCCGAGGACGAGGCAAUAGAAGAGGUGGUCGUAAAGGAAACCGAGGUAGUAGAGAUAGAAAAGGACGUUAACGCUAUCGAAGAUAAAGCAGCCACUACUAAGAAGAAGAAGAAGAAGGGUCUUCGUAAGCAGCCUACGGAUAGCAAAGAUAUUUAUAAAUACGUAAAGGAAAUACGCAAUAUUGUCGCUGCUGUCAAUUCGCUUAAUAGGAAGAACAAUUGGUUACUAGAUACCGGUUCGGAUAAGAUAUUAACGAAUAGAGUCGUUACGCUAGGCUAUAGUGAAGUUAUCGUGAGAAUAGCCUUACUAGGACUAGAUAGAAAGAUAUACUCGUUUAUAAUAACUAGCUACUACACUCUAGGAGGAUACAGUAAGCUGUUUAGUAUACAGAAACUUCUUAAAGAAAAGGGUGAUAUCCUAGGAUACGUAGACACUUUAACUGGUGUUCUAUACCUAGUUAGUCUAAAGGAUAAAGAUAAAGACGAUCCUAAUAAGGAUAAGACUAACGUAAAUUCUGAUAAUAAUAAAACCGGAUUCAGAACUUCGACUGUAAUACCUAUUUUUAAGGUAAAUCAAAGCUCAAAAUUUUACGAUAACCUUAGGCUAGGAAAGCAGCCCCUAGAGUAUAGAGAGGAAUACUUAUCGGCUAUAAGGGUGACGGAUCUAAACAAUAGGAAAUUGGUAGUAUCGCGUAAUAUAGGCUUCUAUCAACCCGGAGAUAAUAAUAACAGGAGACCGAUAUCGAUCGAUAAAGUACCUAUAGAUCUAAAGGACCUAGAUAACAACGAUAUUCUAUCAGAGAGUAUAAAUAAUAUUCGACGAGACGCAGACAGUAUCGAGUCGACUAUUGCUAGAGAAUCAGAUAAAACGUGUAAUAAGCCAGUGUAUUACCUAGUCACUGCUGAAACAAACUCUGAAAAUAUAUCGGUUACAAUAAGAUCCGGGUAUAAGAAACGAGACCGAGAUAUUCAACGCGUAGCUAUAAGGGUAAAGGCGAAGGAUUUAGGCGGUAAUAAUCUAGAGGAGGGUAGGCUUACUGUUAAGUCUAACACUAGAGAUAAAGUCUAUAAAUUUAAGGAUAAGAAUAACGGAGAAAUAUAUACUCCGGUUAUCGCUAAAUAUAUAAUCAAGAUCGUCUUUACGCUAAUUGCGGUAGACAGUCUAUAUAAGAUAACCGACUGGCUUCGAAUUGGCUUUUAUCCGUUAGAUAAUAACCCUUAUAUUUAUAUCAAAGGAAAAGGUGUGAAUUUGACGAUUAUAAUAAUAUAUAUCGAUGAUUUUAUUAUUGCAGUACCUAUAGACAAAGAUAUCGAGGAUAUUGUUAAUAAACUACGACAGUUCUACGAUAUAAAAGACCUCGGUAAACCGAAAUAUAUCGUAUACGGACUAGGAGGACAGUAA